AUGUUUAUGAGGCACUCAUCGAGGCUUCCUGGCCAAUUGGCUAGGCAAGCGGCUUCUCGUCAGUUCUCCACGAGAGCUGCGCUUCGGCAAGAGAUUCGGGACGCGUACAUUCUCAGUGCAUCAAGAACACCGACAGCAAAGUUUAAUGGUUCGUUUACGAGCGUAACCGCGCCGAAGCUUGGCGCCGUCGCCAUUAAGUCUGCGCUCGAAAAGUCAAAGGUCCCUGUCGACAAGAUCACCGACGUGUACAUGGGCAAUGUGCUACAAGGAUCCGUUGGACAGGCGCCGGCUCGCCAGGCCGUGAUCUUCGCCGGUCUCCCGUCCAGCGUGGAGGCAAUCACCAUCAACAAAGUCUGCGCAUCCGGUCUGAAAGCUGUCGUCUUUGCUGCACAAAAUAUCCAGCUCGGUCUCUCGGAGGCACAGAUUGCUGGGGGCAUGGAGAACAUGACGAGGGUGCCUUACUAUGUACCUCGCGCUUCUAGCCUGCCGCCGUUCGGUCAUGUCAAGAUGGAGGACGGCCUGAUCAAGGACGGUUUGACCGACGUCUACGACCAAUUCCAUAUGGGCAACUGCGCCGAGAACACGGCUAAGAAGUACGAGAUUUCUCGCGAGAUGCAGGACGAGUACGCUAUCGAGUCGUAUAAGCGCGCCCAGGCUGCGUGGAAAGCCAAAGCUUUUGCCGAGGAGAUCGCCCCCGUCACUGUUCCCGGAAAGAAGGGCGAUACUGUAAUUGAGUCCGAUGAGGGCUACCUCGAUGUUAAGUUCGACAGGGUCCCUACCUUGAAGCCGGCCUUUGUGCGCGACGGCACCGGCACCGUCACCGCUGCCAACUCCUCCACGCUGAACGACGGCGCCAGCGCGCUUGUUCUGGGCAGCAAGGACAUUGCGCAACAAUACGGCUCCGGCUCUCGAGUGCUGGCAAAGAUCUGCGGGUCGGCCGAUGCCGCAGUUGAUCCUGUUGACUUCCCCAUCGCCCCAGCCAAAGCUGUGCCUAUCGCGCUCGAGAGGGCAGGUAUUACUAAGGACCAGGUCGCUGUGUGGGAAUUCAACGAAGCCUUUGCCGCUGUCAUCAAGGCGAAUGAAAAGAUUCUCGGAUUAGAGGGUGCCAGGGUCAACCCCCUUGGAGGAGCAAUUUCCCUCGGCCAUGCCCUGGGUAGCUCCGGAUCCCGAAUUCUAGUCACCCUUCUGCACCAGUUGAAGCCUGGCGAGUACGGUGUUGCGGCCAUCUGCAACGGAGGCGGCGCGGCCACGGCGAUUGUCGUGCAGCGCGUCGAGUCUGUAUAA